AUGGUUGCAGAUGCCGUCGUCUAUCACCCUGCGGUGACCCAUUAUCUCCGAUAUGUCGCGACCACAGUCGGUCGAGACAAGGUCCUCCGUACAAUUCAAUACUUUGCCCGCUUCUACUCCUGGUACCUCUAUCGAACCAACAACCCGACAAGCGCCAUUCAGCCAUGGACCGUUGUCAAGACUCAAUUGGGCCUGACGCGGAAGAUCCUACGUAUCGGCAAGUUCGUGGAGCAUCUGCGUGCUGGCUCCGAAAUCUAUGAUGCCGCAGUUAAGUCGAGCAACGGGGACAAGAUCACUCAAUACCUUCAGAUUCUGCGCCAGAUAGGAUAUGCUGGCUACCUGCUCUUUGACAUGAUGACCGUGCUGGAUGCUAUGGGUGUCAAGAAGGAUCCCAGAGUCAAGAACAUUCAGGCGACAGCGUUCCGCUUCUGGUGGACCGGCUUAACGGCAAGCGCCGUCUCAGGAAUCUAUAACAACUACAAGUUGAGACAGCGCGCGAAGGCUGUUGAUGAGAAGGAUGCCGAAGCGAAGGUUGAAAAGGUGAAGAUUGCGAAACAACAAAAGGCGGUCAACAUCCAGCUUGUUUCAGAUCUAUGUGAUCUGACGGUACCAGGCACUGCUCUGGGCUACCUCAACUUGGACGACGGAAUUAUUGGGUUGGCUGGCACGACCAGCAGUUUGCUUGGUGUAUAUGGGGCGUGGCAGAAGACUGCUUAA